AUGUCUUUUCGUGGACGAGGAGGUGGAGGAGGAAGAGGAGGUGGCUUCAAUCGCGGAGGAGGUGGCGGCGGUGACAGAGGUGGUUUUAAUCGUGGUGGACGAGGUGGCUUUGGACGGGGAGGUGGAAGAGGAGGCUUCAACAGAGGCGGAUAUGACCAGGGGCCUCCAGAAAGGGUAGUUUUAUUGGGAGAGUUCAUGCAUCCGUGCGAAGAUGACAUUGUUUGUAAAUGCAAAACAGAAGAAAACAAGGUGCCUUAUUUCAACGCCCCAGUGUACUUGGAUAAUAAAGAACAGAUUGGCAAAGUGGAUGAAAUUUUCGGGCAGCUAAGAGAUUUUUAUUUUUCAGUGAAAUUGUCUGAGAACAUGAAAGCCUCUUCAUUUAAAAAAAUGCAAAAGUUUUACAUUGAUCCAGCAAAGCUGCUACCCCUUCAGAGAUUUUUGCCAAGGCCUCCUGGAGAAAAAGGUGCUCCCAGAGGAGCUGGUAGAGGAGGACGUGGUGGUGGACGUGGAGCAGGAAGGGGUGGUGGUAGAGGAGGAUUUGGAGGAGGAAGAGGUGGAGGAAGAGGAGGAGGAUUCAGAGGAGGAAGAGGUGGUGGAGGAGGAGGAUUCAGAGGAGGAAGAGGUGGUGGAGGAGGCUUUCGGGCCUGUUUCUCUUGA